AUGACCCUCCUUCGCCUUCUCGCUCUCGCGCCUCUGGCCCUGGCCGCGAGCAUCCAUCGGGCCACCAUCCCAACCUACGACGGGGUGACCAUCUUCAGUCCACCGUCGAACUACACCAUUCCACGGACCCUGUACGCGCGCAACGUGGAGCUGCCCAACGGGGACCUCCUGGCCACCUGGGAGAACUACUCCCCGGAACCCCCGGCCGUGUAUUUCCCCAUCUACCGGUCCAAGGACCACGGGCAGACCUGGAAGGAGAUCUCGCAGGUCCACGACCAGGUGUAUGGGUACGGACUGCGCUACCAGCCGUUCCUGUACUAUCUUCCCGAGCGCAUUGGGUCGUACAAGGCCGGAACACUGCUGCUGGCGGGCAGCGCUAUUCCCACCGAUUUGUCGUCGACACACAUUGAGCUGUAUGCGUCGCGGGAUUCCGGUGUGACGUGGGAGUUUGUGAGCCACAUCGCCGCUGGCGGGGAGGCGAUUCCCAACAACGGGUUGACGCCUGUGUGGGAGCCUUUCCUGCUUGCUCGUGAUGGCAAGUUGAUCUGCUACUAUUCCGACCAGAGAGCCAACACCACCCACGGCCAGAAGCUGGUCCACCAGGUUUCGAGAAAUCUCAAGAAAUGGGGACCUGUUGUUGACGAUGUUGCCUACCCAACCUACACCGACCGCCCCGGCAUGCCCGUCGUCGCCAAGCUCCCCAACGGCAAAUACAUCUACACCUACGAAUACGGCUCCUUCUUCAACACCUCCAGCUACUCCUUCCCGGUCUACUACCGCAUCGCCGAGAACCCAGAGGACUUCCUGUCCGCUCCGCACCAGCGCCUCGUCGUGUCCAGCGGCACGGUCCCCACGUCUUCGCCUUAUGUCGUCUGGACCCCGUACGGCGGCGUCAACGGAACCAUCAUCGUGAGCUCGGGAUCGCAGAGCACCGUGUUCACCAACCAGGCGCUGGGAGAGGGCGAGUGGACGGAGAUUGCUACUCCCGAGUCGCACAGUUAUACCCGGUCGCUGCGGAUUCUGGAUGAGGACCCGCGUAUGCUCUUGCUGAACGGGGGUGGUGUGUUGGGUGGGUCGAGCAACAAGGUUACUGUGACCUUGAUGAACCUGGAGGAUGCUCUGUAG